AUGAGGCUGGGUGGGCCCUGGGCCUGGCUGCUGGGCCUGCCCACGGCUGUGGUCUAUGGCUCCCUGGCCCUCUUUGUCUCUGUCCUGCACAACGUGUUCCUGCUUUACUACGUGGACACCUUUGUCUCCGUGUACAAGAUCGACAAAGUUGCCUUCUGGGUUGGAGAGACGGUGUUUCUCCUCUGGAACAGUCUCAACGACCCCCUCUUCGGCUGGCUGAGUGACCGUCGGUUCCUCAGCUCCCAACCCCGGUCAGGUACUGGGCUCUCCUCAAGGGCCGUGGUGCUGGCACGUGUGCGGGCACUGGGCUGGCACGGGCCGCUGCUGGCACUGUCGUUCCUGGCGUUCUGGGUGCCCUGGGCGCCUGCUGGGCUGCAGUUCUUGCUGUGCCUGUGCCUCUAUGAUGGCUUCCUGACGCUUGUAGACCUGCACCAUCAUGCCUUGCUGGCCGACCUGGCCCUCUCAGCCCACGACCGCACCCACCUCAACUUCUACUGCUCCCUCUUCAGUGCAGCCGGCUCCCUGUCUGUCUUUGCCUCCUACGCCUUCUGGAACAAAGAGGACUUUUCUUCCUUCCGCGCCUUCUGCCUGGCGCUGGCCACUGGCUCCGGGCUGGGCUUUGUGGGGGCCGCACGGCUGCUGAGGCGGCGGGUUGAGGCGGCCGGCAGGGAGCCGGGCCUGUGUGAAGAAGAGCUGCUUGUAGGCAGCAAGGAUGUGGGUAGCAUCACCUUGGGCCAGUACCUCCAGCAGCUGGCACGCCACCGGAACUUCCUGUGGUUUGUGGGCAUGGACCUGGUGCAGGUCUUUCACUGCCACUUCAACAGCAACUUCUUUCCCCUCUUCCUGGAGCAUCUGUUGUCAGACCACAUCUCCCUCUCCACGGGCUCCUUCCUAUUGGGCAUCUCCUACGUUGCUCCCCACCUCAACAACCUCUACUUCCUGCCCCUGUGCCGGCGCUGGGGUGUCUACGCCGUGGUGCGGGGGCUCUUCCUGCUCAAGCUGGGCCUGAGCCUGCUUAUGCUGUUGGCUGGCCCUGACCACCCCGGCCUGCUCUGUCUCUUCAUUGCCAGCAACCGUGUUUUCACUGAGGGCACCUGUAAGCUGUUGACCUUGGUGGUCACGGACCUGGUGGACGAGGACCUGGUGCUGAAUCAUCGCAAGCAGGCAGCCUCGGCGCUUCUCUUUGGCAUGGUGGCCCUGGUGACCAAACCAGGCCAGACCUUCGCUCCGCUGCUGGGCACCUGGCUGCUCUGCUUCUACACAGGUCAUGAUCUCUUCCAGCAGCCCCCCCUGGCCCCCGUGGGGAGUGCCCAGCCCUGGCCAGAGCCCCCGGCUGCGCCCCCGGCACAGGCCCCCACACUCCGCCAGGGCUGCUUCUACCUGCUGGUGCUGGUGCCCAUCACCUGUGCUCUGCUGCAGCUCUUCACCUGGUCCCAGUUCACGCUGCAUGGGAGACGCCUGCACAUGGUCAAAGCCCAGCGCCAGCACCUGUCACGGGCCCAGACCCUGGACGUCAAGGUGGUGUGA